AAAGGAAAGGAGAUAGAGAAGCUGCUUCGCUGGAGUUUGGAAUUCGACAAAUACACAACAGUGCUCUGGGCGUUCGCCAAAUCUGUGAGACGCAAAGAAGCUGAACCUGCAGAAGAACGAGAAUCGGCACUCAGAGUAAUAUCGCGUACAACGUAUCGUGUAGCGCGAACCCCAAAAUGCAGGACGAAGAUUCCCGUCUAUCUUCCAGCCGCGAGAAAGAUCGCACGGAAAGACGUAGAAGUCGGGACCGCCAUAAUGGGCGGGACCGCAGCCGAGAUCGCUACCGGUACGGUGGUGACAGAGGUCACGAUCGACGACGUGAUGAGGACCGCCGCACGGAUACACGUUAUCGAUCGGAUCGGAGCGGUGGUAGAGAGGAUAGGUACAGAGAUCGACAUCGGGAUCGAUCCGAUAGGGAGCGCGAUCAUCGAAGAAGAGAUCGAAGUGAGAGCAGAGAUAGAAGAAAACGAAGCCGAUCCAAGUCUCGUGAUCGACAUGUACGCAACAGAUCACAGGAGAGAAGUGAUAAUUCAAAGGAACGUUCCAGGCGAAAUUUAUCCGUUGAGAUUGAACAGGAACUGCAGAACCUUAGAAAAUUGUCCGACAUGAAAGCCGCCAGUGAGAAAUCACAAGAAAUUAAUAGUAGGUGUAGUCAAAUUGAAUCUGAGUCCAAAGCACCAGAAGCCGAGAGCUCCAGUAGCUUCGCCGAGGCAAAGGAACCGUUCAAAAACGAUUUCGCCAAAAUAUUCAGCAGCACCAGCAGCACAAAGAUUGAGAUUCCCGAGAUCCAAACCGAAGAAGAUCGUAUUGAGUUUCAGAAGAAAAUGCAGGAAAAGUUUCAGGCCCAUUUAGCUGCCGAAGGCAGGCUAUAUCCCAAACCGAAACCAUCACCAGCUAUAAACUCCGCCACAGGAUUCGCGAAUGACGGUUCCUUUUUGGAGAUGUUCAAAAAAAUGCAGGAGCAGGCACAAACAAAUUGUAUGCCAGCAAUGGGUGAGGAAUGUUCAGCACAGUAUUAUGCGACCAGUUCGGUUCCGACGCAUACCCAGCAGCCAACACAACCAGUCGCAAUACCGUGUGUUGGUCGUCGGCGUGGAGGCAAAAUUCUUAAAACCGGCAUCGUUAAGAAGGCGAAACCAAUAGAAGAAUCGUAUGUUGAAACUCCGAGCGACGCCUGGAAUCUCUAUUUACAAGAGGUUAAAAAGUAUAAAAAUGCCUCCUGCGACGAAGACUCCAAAACGCGACCGUUAAUUAAGUAAACCUUGUAUGAUUCUUGUUGACCGCGCGUUCUGAAACGUAAUUAAAUGUAUGCAGUAUGACUGAGAAGAACGAAUAGUUCGAUAGAGAUUUGAAUGGAAUGUAAUUGUGGGUGAAAGUGACGACUCCCCCUUCUAUACUUAACCUUUAUAUAGCGAAUAAGUUUUUUUUUGUUUCAUAAGUGAUUCUGGUCAAAAUGCAUUUUCUGUCAUUGCCCUCUCCCUUAUUCCCAUAUCGUAUAUAUUUUCCUAUUCUAAA